CGCGUGCGGUCACGUGGCGGAAGCCCCGCCCCGCUCGGUAGGCCCGCCCCGCGCCGAGCUUGGCCGCGCGUCACUUCCGUCCAGGUCGGAAACCAAGAUGGCUGCGCUCUUGUUGAGACCUGUAGGCCGUUACUGCCUCCAUGGCCACCUCAGUCCUCAGCUCUGUAUCAGAAAUGCUGUUCCUUUGGGAACCUCAGCCAAGGAAGAGAUGGAGAGAUUCUGGAAUAAGAACACUGGUUCAAACCGCCCUCUUUCUCCUCAUAUCACUAUCUACAGUUGGUCUCUUCCCAUGGCGAUGUCCAUUGGCCACCGCGGCACUGGUGUUGCCUUGAGUGCAGGGGUCUCUCUCUUUGGCUUGUCGGCCCUGUUGCUCCCGGGGAACUUUGAGUCUCAUCUGGAGCUGGUGAAGUCCCUGAGUCUGGGGCCGGUGCUGAUCCACUCAGCCAAGUUCGCGCUCGCCUUCCCUCUCACGUAUCACACCUGGAACGGCGUCCGGCACUUGAUGUGGGACCUGGGAAAAGGCCUGAAGAUCCCGCAGCUGACCCAGUCCGGGGUGGCUGUCCUGGUCCUCAGCGUGCUGUCCUCGCUGGGGCUGGCAGCCAUGUGAAGAGCUCCGCCCCGCUCCUGCCCCGAUGAUCAGCCGCACCUUUCCUCGCUCUCCUUUCCUCGCUCUCGCUGCUCAGACCUGUGCGCUUGUGCUGUCCCUGGAGCUCAGCUGUAGAAAGGGUCCCAGGACCCCAUUGUUUCUAAGGUGGCUGCAGCAGCUUCCUGCUCCUGCCCCCGCCUGCAGCCCUUAUUCUCUCCAUAUUGGGCCUUGAUUUGUGCUGAGGGUCAGCUCUUGGCUCCUCUUCCCGAGACGGUGGAAACAAAGCCAGCUCUGUGGCCUCCGCCAUGCGGACUGGGAGUGGGGCUGUGGGUGCCGCUGCCUGUGGGUUGUGGCUUCAAGGACAGUUCUGUUCACUGGUCAGACCCAGGGUCCUCGGCACCCACAUGGUGGGAGAUUAGCCUGUCCCGGCCAGAGGGGUUGGCUUUUGAAGCAGGUGCUUUGGGGAGAAGAUAUAUAGUUUUUGAUACAAGAGAAGAUCCAAAAAAGUAUUUGCUGAACCUGUGGAGGGUUAUUUCUUUUCCUUGCAAUUCCAGAAAAACAAGCCUCUAAUUGUCAUGUUUUCUAAUCAAUGUUCAUGUGACAUCUUUUUCUGAAAAUAAAAAUACUAAUUUUAUCUUUGA